AUGUUGUCACCAGCGAAAUCUCUUCGUUACAUCGCCCGUGCUCGUACCUUCAGUUCCUCAUCUACUCUCAGCGCUCUCAGUGCUGCUGCUCUUCCUAAAGCAGAACAACUGUCUUCGGAAUGGAAGGGAACAAGUGCUACCGGAGGCACCACCAAGAAUUUCAUUGGAGGCCAGUUCGCGUCGCAAACGUUGAUUUCUCGCGUCCCCCAAACGACCAGCGCAGAAUUUGAACAAGCGGUCGAAGCCGCUUCGGAAGCCUACAAAUCGUGGAGCCGAACUAGUGUCCUUGGACGUCAACGUUUUGCUAUAGAGCUUCAAUCUCUGCUUCGUCAGAACGCAGAUGCUAUUGCCAGCAGCAUCGCUCAUGCUCACGGUGACCUCCUUCGUGGGUUGCAAGUCGUGGAGUCCGCAAUCGGUAUCACUUCUACCCUUCUGGGUGAGAAAAUAGAAGUCAGCAAAGAUAUGGACACAGAAGUACGAAAAGUACCUCUAGGCGUGUGUGCAAGCAUCGCCCCCUUCAAUUUCCCAGCAAUGAUCCCUCUCUGGACAAUUCCCAUGGCUGCCGUCACAGGCAACACUUUGAUCCUGAAACCCUCGGAACGCGACCCCGGCGCCGCUAUGAUUAUAGCUGAGCUAUGCCAGCGUGCAGGUCUUCCUCCCGGUGUUCUGAACAUCGUUCACGGAGGUGUCCCAACGGCUAUCAGCUUCGUCGGAGGCGACAGAGCUGGAAAGCACAUUUAUGACAGGGGAACGCAAAACGGUAAACGCGUGCAGGCUAAUAUGGGUGCCAAGAACCACGCUAUCAUUAUGCCUGAUGCUAACAGAAAUUUGGCUCUGAACUCGAUUAUUGGCGCCGCUUUCGGAGCUGCCGGUCAACGAUGUAUGGCCAUCUCUGUCGCAUUGCUCGUUGGAGAGUCACAAUCGUGGUUACCGGAGCUCGUGGAGCGCGCUCAGAACCUCAAAGUCGAUGGUGGCUUUGAGCGAGGAGCAGACCUCGGUCCUCUGAUCUCUCCGGCUGCGAAGAACCGGGUGACAAGUCUUAUAUCGUCAGCUGAGGAGCAAGGGGGAAAAAUAUACCUUGAUGGACGGGGUAUCCCAGUUCCUGGAUAUCCUGAUGGAAACUUCAUCGGCCCCACAGUCAUCGAGGCCAACACUACGAUGAAGUGCUACCGGGAAGAGAUCUUUGGACCGGUCUUAGUGGUUGUGAAAGCUGAUACGCUCGACGAUGCUUUAGAUAUUAUCAAUUCAAAUAGGUAUGGAAAUGGUGCGGCGAUAUUUACGCAGUCAGGAGCGACAGCCCGGAAAUUCGAAUCUGAGGUUAACGUCGGCCAACUUGGUAUCAACGUUCCAAUUCCUGUGCCAUUGCCUAUGUUUGCUUGGAGCGGAAACAAGGGAAGUGCGUUGGGUGACAUAGGCUUUUACGGUAAAAGCCUUUGGAGAGCUGAGGACGCUGCUGGAACCCGAGCAUCUGUUAAUAUGCCCACGCACCAUUAA